AUGCCAUCCUAUUGAGAGUGCACCAGGCAUGUUCAGUGCAUCGCCCGCGGCAUGGAAUCUCCCCUUCCAACCUUUGAUUCAUCUUGUAGCUAGAUGACCCUCUCGCCCGCCUGACCGGGUUGCCAGAUCCUCUCAAAGCCAGUGUGAUGUUCCCAAAUGAACGAUUCUGGGCAUACAGGCUUUGACGAGACUUAUUUCAUCGUCACUUGGGUUGAGUUCGUCAUAGCCAUAUUCCUCUUAGCAGCUAGAUGUCACACAGCCCUCUGCAUUGUAAAAAGAGUCGCUGCUGACCUGCCGCUGGCGAUCCUCACCUUCAUCCUCGGCGCCGCCAGCAUGGUAAUGCUCACACUCGCCGCACAAGCAGGCCUAGGCGUCCCCGGGCCAGUCUUAAACAUGACCGAAAACCGUUAUGCGCUCCUGUUCGGGUGGCUCAACCAAUUCUUCGCUCUAAUUGCCAUUGGGCUCGGAAAACUUACCAUUGUUGCCUUCCUCCAGCAGAUCCAGGGUUAUCAUACGCUCUUUCGCACGAUAUUUCUGUGGACGCUAGCAGGGAGCAAUUUCAUCGUCAAUUGUAUUGCGGCCGCUCUGGCUAUUGUGCAGUGUGAUCCUGUUCAGAGGCUCUGGGCUGAAUCUCUUCCUGGAGAGUGUCCGGGAAGGGAACGCAUCCAGAUUUUCGGAUAUGUGCAGGGAGCCUGGUCUGCCCUCUGCGACUUUGCGUUGGCCCUCUUCCCGGUUGUUCUCUUCGCUAGAAUCCGUGCAAUUUCGAUCCCAACUCGUAUCGGAUUGUGCCUCCUGAUGGGUAGCGGGGUAGUUGCGGGCGCCUGUACAAUCGUCAAAACCAUCCGACUGAGCAACUUGACGACCUUUACUGACGCGACCCACCAAAUGGGCAAUGUUAUUGUGUGGAAUCAGAGCGAGAUGUGGCUUGUAUUCAUUGUUAGCUGUCUCCCGCCCACGAAGGUGUUCUUUGCUAGUUUGUGCAGUGGAGGAGCCAAGAGUCUUUCGUCGCUUUAUGGCCGCCUAGGAUGGCAUGGGUCGAGUGAGGAGGGGCAGAUAGCCGUCUACUAAUCCUGUGAAGGGAUAAAAAGAUUACGCAGU